CAGCCGGCAGUUUAUCUGUAGCCGGUGUAUUUGGCGGAAGGUCGUUUGUUUUGUUUUUUGACAGGGAUGCGGUCAAUAAAAGACGGGGAGAUCCAUGUAGAAAUGUCAGUUAAUAACCGCGACAGUUAGCCGUCCACAGCCGGGUGACUGCGGGGAUUGGAAACGCCUUUUAUUUGUCGCGAAGAGGCACUCCAGCCCGCUUCGUGACCGUGUCGUUGUUGUUGGAAGUGUCCGCCGCGUCCCGGGUCGGUUUCCGAGGCUCUUGUCCGCCGCGUCCCGGGUCGGUUUCCGAGGCUCUUGUCCGCCGCGUCCCGGGUCGGUUUCCGAGGCUCUUGCCCGCCGCGUCCCGGGUCGGUUUCCGAGGCUCUUGUCCGCCGCGUCCCGGGUCGGUUUCCGAGGCUCUUGCCCGCCGCGUCCCGGGUCGGUUUCCGAGGCUCUUGCCCGCCGCGUCCCGGGUCGGUUUCCGAGGCUCUUGUCCGCCGCGUCCCGGGUCGGUUUCCGAGGCUCUUGCCCGCCGCGUCCCGGGUCGGUUUCCGAGGCUCUUGCCCGCCGCGUCCCGGGUCGGUUUCCGAGGCUCUUGUCCGCCGCGUCCCGGGUCGGUUUCCGAGGCUCUUGCCCGCCGAGCGGAGCCGGUCGGUUUGUUUUCGCGCUCUCUCCUCGAGAUGAUGACCGCCGCCGCGAGGAGCGCGAGGACUCUGAGCGAGCUCCUCCAGAGCGGAACGCGGCGCGCGAGCCGGACCGCUGGCGCCGGGUACCCAGGCCGAGCGAGGCAGCCAAUCAGGUACCUGUCUUCCUGUGCAAUUCUGAUGACCAGGGCUCCCAGAAUGCUGUGCAGUAUAGACUGGGACGCGACCCUUCACCCUAGCAGAUCGUUCAUCAGCUUCACCAACCCGCUGACCACCAAGAGGAAAGAGUACUCCGAGCGUCGAAUACUGGGGUACUCCAUGCAGGAGAUGUACGACAUUGUGAGCAACGUGGAUGACUACAAGCACUUUGUGCCCUGGUGCAAGAAGUCCGUGGUGGUCCUGAAGCGCUCCGGUCACGCCAAGGCGCAGCUGGAGGUGGGGUUCCCCCCCAUCGUGGAGUGCUACACCUCCAUGCUCUCCCUGGUACGCCCCCACCUGGUCAAGGCAGUGUGUACCGACGGCAAGCUGUUCAACCACCUGGAGACGAUCUGGCGUUUCAGCCCUGGGAUCCCAGGCUACCCGCGCACCUGCACGGCCGAUUUCUCCAUCUCCUUCGAGUUCCGCUCGCUGCUGCACUCCCAGCUGGCCUCAGUGUUCUUUGACGAGGUGGUGAAGCAGAUGGUGGCCGCGUUCGAGAGGAGAGCGGGUAAGCUCUACGGCCCGGAGACGCGCAUCCCGCGGGAGCUCAUGUUUCACGAGAUCCACCAAACGUGAGGCUCAGCCUGGCUGAGACCUCCACCACCCCUCCCUCCCUCCCUCCCCCACCCC